CAGUCGAUAUUGUCGAGACAUGAGUUAUAAAAUCGGCGAGGAAAAGCUACGCGAAUACUACCAGGUAUCCCUGGAACUGGUCAGGAAGUGCGGUCCCCUCUUCUUGGAGGGUUUUCAGAAACCAAAAACGGACUACGAAGUCAAGUCGGCUUUUUAUGACCUGGUCACAGUGUUCGACCAGCAAAUAGAAGCCACGCUAACGGAAGGUUUGCUCAGGGCCUUUCCGGAAUCGAAAAUAAUAGGCGAGGAAGCUUUGGCAGGCGCCAAAACCCAACCGGAACUGACGGAUGCCCCCACAUGGAUCAUAGAUCCCAUUGAUGGCACCAACAAUUAUGUGCGAAAGAUCCCCCAUUGUUGUAUCUCCGUGGGUUUGACCAUUAACAAAGAGCUUGUGGUGGGGAUUGUCUACAAUCCACCGGCAAACGAGUUGUAUUCAGCUUGGCAAGGUCAUGGAGCUUUUUUAAAUGGCCAACCCAUUGGGGUUUCUAACGUGAAAGAGAUAAACCAAGCUGUGGUCGGCUAUGAGAUCUCCCUAAUCGUGGUGUCCAAGGGGCGGGACAAAAAUGUGAAGCGCCUCUACAAGCUAGCCUCGAAUGCCACUGGCACUCGCAGCUUUGGGUGUGCAGCUCUCACGCUAUGCUACAUAGCUGCUGGCCGCUGCGACGCCUAUCAUGUGGAGAAUCUUAAGCCCUGGGAUCUGGCUGGCGGUGCCUUAAUCCUCAGAGAAGCAGGUGGCAUUGUUUACCACACCAGCGGAGGAAGAUUCGAUGUGAUGAAGCCCGAUUGUGUGUGCACCUGCUCUGAGGGAUUGGCUAAAAAUGUAAUCCAAUUAAUAGAGGAGGCUGACCAGAUUACAGAUUAUACUCUUGAAUAA